UAUACGUGGCGUCGUAGAGUGCGAACUUCAAGUCGGCAGGAUCCGACAUGACAAAGGAUUGGAUACGGGGAUAAUUGUGUAGUUUGCAGUUCGUACAAGUGUAGCAGCGCGUCUUGUUCUCAUGGGAUGCGGCGUCUCGGCCCGUCAUAAGUCCGUCCUCCGCGGACUCGACGCGGCAUCCGUGCUGCUGCGGUGUUGCUGCUCCGACUCCCCGGCCACUUUCGGAGGAGGUGCAGCCUGAUCGUUUACCUGUUGGCAUGGACCCCAAUGGACCGUCAAGCACUCCAGGGCUGCCUUCGCCUGGCGAGCUGAUUGCGCAACAGCGGCAAGAUGCCAUCCAGGCAGCGGGGCAGCCUGCAUCCGACGGUGGGCUCCUCUCCCAGCUCACCAGCAAUCCUUUCUUCACCGCGGGGUUUGGUCUCGCCGGUCUCGGGGCAGCACUGGGCCUUGCGCAAAAAGGUGCCCGUCAUGGCGCCGCUCUUCUCCGGCGGCGCAUGCUCGUGGACGUUGAGAUCAGCAUCAAAGACGAUUCCUACCCGUGGUUCCUUCACUGGAUGACGCUAUACCAACAGUCGCAGGUCAAUGCGGCCCGGUCCGCCAGCAGGUCUGGCUUCAUGGAGUCCGUGCUGCAGCGACUGACCCCCGGAAUGCGCCAUCUCUCCAUCCAAACGCAAAAAGUCGAGCACACCAACGGCGCGAUUCAUACACACUUUGCACUGGUUCCGGGUCCAGGGAGACAUGUUCUGCGAUAUAAGAAUGCCUUCAUCUUUGUCAAUCGAAUGCGGGAAUCUAAGUCGCAGGACCUUCACACGGGCCGCCCGUGGGAGACGAUCACACUGACCACAUUGUAUUCGCACCGUCACGUCUUCGAGGAACUGUUUACAGAGGCGCAUGCGCACGCGGCAAAGUCUCACGAAGGCAAAACCUCAAUCUAUAACAGCUGGGGCACAGAAUGGAAGCCGUUUGGAAAGCCACGACGCAAGCGCCCAUUGGACUCUGUCAUCCUCGAUGAGGGCGUCAAGGAGCGGAUUGUGGAAGACGUCAAGGACUUUGCGUCCAGCGGGAAGUGGUAUCACGAUCGGGGCAUUCCCUACCGCCGUGGCUAUCUUCUUUAUGGACCGCCUGGGACGGGCAAAAGUUCGUUCAUUCAGGCCUUGGCGGGCGAAUUGGAUUAUGACAUUGCCAUCUUGAACCUCAGCGAACGGGGGUUGACCGAUGAUCGGCUGAACCACCUUCUGACCAUUGUCCCGAACCGCACACUAGUCUUGCUCGAAGAUGUGGACGCCGCAUUCUCGAACCGCCGAACUCAAACGGACGAAGACGGGUAUCGCGGAGCCAAUGUGACCUUCUCGGGUCUUCUGAAUGCUCUGGACGGUGUUGCAAGCGCCGAGGAGCGGAUUGUCUUCCUCACCACUAACCAUGUUGAACGGCUCGAUGAGGCGCUAGUCCGACCCGGUCGGGUGGACAUGACGGUGCGCCUGGGCGAAGUCACUCGUUAUCAGGUUGGGUGCCUCUGGGAUCGGUUCUACGGAGAACUCGACCCGAGCGGAUCCCACCGACAGAUCUUCCUCAGUCGGCUACAGGAGUUUGGCUUGAUCGAGGACGAAAACGGCUUCAAGGCCGACCGAUCGAAGAACACGAGUGCUGCCGCUCUGCAGGGGCUGUUCUUGUACAACAAGGACAACAUGGAAGGAGCCAUCGCCAUGGCCGAAGGACUUACUUACCGGGUUCAUGACGAGGCUAUGGAGAAUGCGAACAAUUAGACUGUAUGAUAGACGAGUGCCAUGUAUAUUAACUGUGUGACGGCACAUGUACCAUGGGGCCAAUCAAAUCCCAUCCAGCGUAAGGUGAGGUGAUAUCGUCACCUCCAUCCUUCAACC